CCUCGGGCCGGGUCGAGCUGCGAUGCCCUCGGACUUCAUCUCCUUGCUCAGCGCCGACCUCGACCUGGAGUCGCCCAAGUCCCUGUACUCGCGAGAAUCGGUCUAUGAUCUUCUCCCGAAAGAGUUACAGUUACCUCCAUCCAGAGAAACAACUGUAGCAUCCAUGAGUCAAACAAGUGGUGGCGAGGCGGGAUCGCCUCCUCCAGCUGUAGUUGCUGCUGAUGCUUCUUCAGCUCCCUCCUCUUCCUCCAUGGGCGGUGCUUGCAGCUCCUUUACCACCUCUUCCAGCCCUACCAUUUAUUCUACCUCAGUCACCGACAGCAAGGCUAUGCAAGUGGAGAGCUGCUCCUCAGCCGUGGGGGUAAGUAAUCGAGGGGUAAGUGAAAAGCAGUUAACCGGUAACACAGCCCAGCAGCAUCCGUCAACACCGAAGAGACACACAGUCCUGUACAUCUCCCCGCCGCCGGAGGACUUGCUGGAUAACAGUCGGAUGUCCUGCCAGGAUGAAGGGUGCGGAUUGGAAUCUGAGCAGAGCUGCAGUAUGUGGAUGGAGGAUUCCCCCUCCAACUUCAGUAACAUGAGCACCAGUUCCUACAACGAUAACACUGAGGUACCGCGUAAAUCUCGCAAACGAAAUCCAAAGCAGAGGCCGGGGGUCAAACGACGAGAUUGCGAAGAGUCCAACAUGGAUAUAUUCGACGCAGACAGUGCCAAAGCACCUCACUACGUGCUUUCCCAGCUCACUACGGACAGCAAAGGAAACUCAAAAGCAGGAAAUGGAGCAUCUGAAAAUCAGAAAGGAACGGGAGCCAAGAAGAGCCCUAUGUUAUGUGGACAGUAUCCUAUUAAAAGUGAGGGAAAAGAGCUGAAAAUAGUGGUACAGCCGGAGACCCAGCACAGAGCUCGAUACCUGACCGAGGGCAGCCGUGGCUCGGUCAAAGAUAGGACCCAGCAAGGAUUUCCUACUGUAAAGUUGGAAGGCCACAAUGAGCCUGUAGUGUUGCAAGUGUUUGUGGGGAAUGAUUCUGGUCGAGUGAAACCACAUGGGUUCUAUCAAGCCUGCAGGGUAACUGGACGAAAUACAACCCCCUGUAAAGAAGUCGACAUUGAAGGCACUACAGUAAUAGAAGUUGGCCUCGAUCCUAGCAACAACAUGACACUGGCGGUGGACUGUGUGGGGAUACUGAAAUUGAGGAAUGCUGAUGUUGAAGCUCGAAUAGGAAUUGCUGGAUCCAAGAAAAAAAGCACUCGGGCCAGAUUGGUAUUUCGGGUUAACAUCAUACGAAAAGAUGGCUCAACUUUAACUCUGCAAACACCUUCUUCUCCGAUCCUAUGCACUCAACCAGCAGGAGUGCCAGAAAUCCUAAAGAAAAGCCUGCACAGCUGUUCGGUCAAAGGAGAGGAGGAAGUCUUUUUAAUUGGCAAGAACUUUCUGAAGGGAACUAAAGUCAUUUUUCAAGAGAAUAUUUCUGAUGAAAGCUCAUGGAAAUCAGAAGCUGAAAUAGACAUGGAAUUAUUUCAUCAGAAUCAUCUUAUUGUUAAGGUGCCUCCAUAUCAUGACCAAUAUAUAACCUCACCCGUGUCCGUGGGGAUAUAUGUGGUGACUAAUGCUGGAAGAUCCCAUGAUGUCCAACCCUUCACUUACACUCCAGAUUCAGCUGGUGCUCUGAAUGUAAAUGUGAAGAAAGAAGUAUCCAGCCCAGCCCGACCUUGUUCUUUUGAAGAAGCUAUGAAAGUAAUGAAAGCCACUGGUUGUAACCUAGAUAAGGUAAAUAUUCUUUCUAGUGCCUUGAUUCCUCCCACUUCACUCAUGCCAAGCAGUGUGAUUAAGAAUGAAGAUGUUACUCCAAUGGAAGUAACAGCAGAAAAGAGACCUUCUCCUGUCUUUAAGGCGACAAAGGCAGUUGGAUCAACUCAGCAAACGUUAGAAAACAUUUCCAGCAUAUCAGGAAAUGGAUCUUUUUCAUCUUCUGCUUCCCACUUAUCUCCGGACAACGAAAAGCAGCAGCAGAUUCAGCCUAAAGUAUACAACCCGGAGACACUGACAACUAUCCAAACCCAGGACAUUUCCCAGCCUGGGACCUUUCCAACCGUUUCUGCUCCCAGCCAGCUGCCGAACAGCGAUGCAUUAUUGCAGCAGGCCACCCAGUUUCAGCCCAGAGAGUCUCAGUCCAGAGAGGUGUUGCAGUCAGACGGCACCGUGGUGAACUUGUCCCAGCUGACGGAUGCAUCUCAGCAGCAACAGCAGUCACCGCUUCAAGAACAAGCACAGACGUUACAGCAGCAGAUUUCAUCGAGCAUUUUCUCCUCCCCGAACGGCGUGACUCAGUUGCAGAACACCAUCCAGCAGCUGCAGGCCGGAAAUUUUCCGACCGGUCCUUCCGGUGGCAGCGGGGGGAACGUCGAUUUGGUCCAGCAGGUCUUGGAGGCCCAGCAGCAGUUAUCUUCGGUUCUCUUUUCCACCUCGGAUGGUAACGACAACGUGCAAGAGCAACUCAGUGCCGAGAUUUUUCAACAAGUCAGUCAGAUUCAAAACAGUGUCAGUCCCGGCCUGUUUUCCUCAGCAGAGCCAACCGUCCAUCCUAGAGCCGAAAAUCUACUGUCUGGGAGAGCCGAAAACGUUCAUGCCCAGACUGAGGGCACGUUAUCCAAUCAGCAGCAGCAGCAGCAGCAACAGCAACAACAGCAACAACAACAACAGCAGCAACAGCAACAACAACAACAACAGCAGCAGCAGCAACAGCAGCAAGCGUUGGAAUCCUCAGCAGCCAUGGUUAUGGAAAUGCAGCAGAGUAUCUGCCAGGCGGCUGCCCAGAUACAGUCCGAGCUCUUCUCGCCCACCGCUUCGGGAAGUGGAAACCUCCAGCAGUCCCCAGUGUACCAGCAGGCGUCUCACAUGAUGAGCGCACUGUCGACAAACGAAGAUAUCCAAAUGCAGUGCGAGCUGUUCUCCUCGUCUCCCGCGGUCUCCGGGAAUGAAGCGUCCGCCCCGACUUCUCAGCAGGUUGCCGCCCCUGGCCCUGCCCUGUUUCCCGCGCCCAGCUCGGGAGAUGGAGAGGAAACCGGAGGCCAGGCGAAACAGAUUCAGAACAGUGUGUUUCAGACCAUGGUUCAGAUGCAGCACAGCGGGGAAAAUCAGGCUCCGGUGACUCUUUUUUCCCCUACGAAGGGCAUGAUGACUGUUCAGAGCAGCGGAUCCCAACAGCAAGGGAAUGGACUGUUCCAGCAAGGCGGCGAUAUGAUGUCGCUUCAGUCUGGGAGCUUCUUGCAACAGUCGUCUCAUACGCAAGCUCAGCUUUUCCAUCCUCAGAAUCCUAUUGGCGAAGCGCAGAACCUGUCCCAGGAACCCCCGGGUUCCAUGUUCCACAGCCCAAACCCCAUCGUCCACAGUCAGACGCCCUCCUCUUCCUCCGAACAGUUGCCGUCUUCGAUGUUCCACAACCAGAGUCCCAUGGCUGUGCUGCAGGGUUCUUCUGUCCCUCCAGAGCAGCCGCCGCCCAACAUGUUCCUUUCCCAGAGUCCGCUAAGCACUCUGCAGAACAAUCCAGUAUCUCAAGAAGAACAGAUCACAUUUUUUGCAACCCAGAACUCGAUCUCCCCACUUCAGCCGGCAUCGGGCACCGAACAACAGGCUGCUUUCCAACAGCCGUCUCAGAUACCCCACAUCCAGACCCCGCUGCUCUCUCCAGAGCAGGCCCAACCCCCUCAACAGGGCUUGUUUCAGGCUCAGGUAUCGUUAGGCUCCCUUCCCCCAAAUUCACUGUCUCAGAACCAGCAAGGUACAAUCUUCCAGCCUCAGCACUCGAUGGUCACCAUGCCGAAUAACUCAGCGUCCCAAGAACAGCAGCAGCAGCAACAGCAACAGCAGCAGCAACAGCAGACUAUUCUCUUCAGUAAUCAGAGCACGAUGGCCACAAUGGCGUCUCAAAAACCACCCCCCCAAAACCUGAUAUUCAGUCCCAGUCAAAAUCCGUUGACUAACCAGGAACAGCAGAACCAGUCCCUGUUUCACCCGCAAAACAGUAUGCCUCCGAUGAGCCAGGAUCAACAGCCCAUGCAGUUUCAGAACCAGACCACGGUUUCUUCUCUUCAGAACCCAGGAUCCACCCCGUCCGAUCAACCACAGCCGUCUCUGUUCCAUAACUCACCUCAGAUUCAGCUGGUGCAAGGCUCUGCCUCCUCUCAAGAGCAACAAGUCACGCUGUUCAUCUCAUCGGCUUCCAUGUCUGCCUUGCAGAACAGUAUAAACCAACAGGACCUGCAGCAGCCCCCCCUCUACCCACCUCAGAACAACAUGACGGGAAUCCAGGGGACAACAGCUGCACCACAACAACAACCAACUUUAUUUCACAAUACCGCAGGAGGCACAAUGAAUCAACUCCAGAAUUCUCCUGGUUCGACUCAGCAGACUUCAGGAAUGUUCCUGUUUGGCAUUCAGAAUAACUGUAGCCAGCUUUUGGCCUCUGGACCAGCUACAUUGCCAGAUCCUCUGAUGGCUAUAAAUCAACCAGGUCAGCCCCAAAGUGAAGGUCAGCCUCCCGUAUCGACGCUUUUGUCUCAGCAGAUGCCUGAGAAUUCUUCAUUACCGUCAUCUAUCAACUCCAACCAAAAUAUCGAAAAGAUCGAUUUGCUUGUCUCAUUGCAAAAUCAGGGGAACAAUAUGACUGGUUCAUUUUAACUGGAAAUUCCGUCAAGAAAAAUCUGAUUUCCCAAGAUGCCCUUAAACCUGGUAUUCCAGCAUGGAUUAGGGUAUAUGGAAUUGUCGCUGUUUUUUGUUUUGUUUUGUUUUGUUUUUUUUAAUGUAGAGAAAGUGUAACUGUAUUUGAGCAAAUGUGUAGAUUUCACCCUGUCUGCAAAAGAGUGCAUCUUACAUGCUGCCGGUGCAGUGACUAGUAACUAAUGUUAUCAUCCUUGCAAUACUUCAGGCUCUCGAUCACAAUAAUGACUCAAAAUCUGUGCUUUGUAUUUCCAGUUGGUGGAAUUAGGUUUUGCUACUUCCCUAGGCACCAAGCCUAUAUGAAGAGCAGUUGGAAUUCAAAGCCAGGCUCCUCGGUUAUUAUUGUCAUUAGAAAAUAACCUUUGUUGUCCUGUGUACCUUUGCCCCUUCAUCAUUUUGACUUCCCUCCAUCCCUUCAGUCAAGUAGAGUGGCUGGUGGAGAAGAAAAGGCCGACGCUGCCGUUUUCGCUCUAAAAAGCACAGUUGUCGACCAACUGGAUUGAAGGAAUCCCGUUUUCAGUUUCUCUAAAUAAGCCGAAGAGCUGUCACUGGCAAGUAAACUGUAGUCAAAACUCUAUGCAGAGAAGACAACUCUACAUAUUUUAACCAAAAAGCAAAUACUCUGCUACGGCACUGGGAACAGCUUGGAGUGCUGUGGAGUUCCAGUCCCACAAAGUUGUUAACAGUUUUCUAAGUAUUUGUAUUAUGGUGUUUAGAUAUGACUGUGCGUAGAGUAGUGAUUACCUUGCUCAUCACAGAUGAAGAGGAUGAUUUAGGGUAAAUUAUAUCCUAGUAUCUCGUAAUGAAGUUUGAACCGAAGGAAGAGUUUGAGUGGCCGAGUUUUCAAGCCCUUUGUGUCUCUUACCUAGAAGCCACAGGUCAGAACCCGUUACUCUCUCCCCAGUCUCCACCCCAACAUUCUCUUUUAUAUUCAUGCUUUUCUUCCUCUUGCUCAUUUAGUUGCAAGCAUCUAAUACACUACUGGCUUUAGGACCUGAGGCAGCGUAGAGGGAACAAGAGCACUUGAACUCCAGGUGACUGAUUUUGUCCAACCCUGCAGCACAAAAGAAGAGAAAGGGCCCUUUCAGAGAUGUGGGUGGAGGCGGUUUGACUCCAGCGAAGCAAUCCCUUUUUUUUUUUUUUUUCCACGAACGGUGCUCUUCUACAGUCUUCAGAAUUUCCCUCCGAUGGGAAACAGUGACAUUUUUCAUGAAUGCCAGGAUUUCUUAAAAUGCCUUCUCUCCCCGAGCUGCAGUGACUAUCAUCUGUCUUGUCACCUCAGUGCUUUACGGUUUUGAGUGGUCACUUUACUGAGAGUUCCUUCAAGCCUUAGGCUGUACCAGGUCAUUGUCGUUCACUUAAAAUGAAGAAUUUGCUCAUAUAUGCGUUAGCUCAAAAAAGCAAAAUAACACACUCCAGGACUUGUGGUUGUAGCGCUCAAGUUCCAGGCUUUCGGGCGCUCCAACCAACCCAGUGGGUUGCCGACUUCUCGCUACAACCUCUUGUCUGGACCUGUGCUUAUUCCUUAUUCUCCUUUUGGCAUGUAGAAAGCUAUUGAUGCUGUUUAGAACCAAACUAUUGUGUAUGGCUUUUUACGCCUUGAUAUACUGUUUCUGGUAUUCUUGUCUAUUUCGUUUUAUUUUAUUGUUUAAGUACAGAGGAAUAGCCUGUAAAUUGUUCUAAAGUUGUUCUCUUCUGUUUAUUGUUUUUCUAACUUGUAUACCUUGCUGCAUUGUGUAAGAUUGUGGUGUGGUUGGUUUUGUUUUUAUAACCAGAUUUUUUUUUCCCCUAUUUGUGAUAGUCUUUCUCUGUUCUUUUGUAUGUUCUCUUCCUCUUCCUUGUCAUUUUCUCUUGGUUUCCAAUUUCU